GUCCAGAAGAUGCUGUCGGUGGUCCAGGACCUCCUGAGCCGGCUCACCUCUCUACGGAUGCAGCACCUGUUCAUGAUCCAGGCCUCGCCACGGUAUGUGGAGCGAGUGUCGGAGGUGCUGAGGCAGAAGCUGAAGCAGGCCGACAUCCUGGUGCUGAAGGGAACCACGAUGGUUGAGAGACGGCAGGAAGCCCUGGAGGAGCAGUCCAGACUGGAGCCUCGCGUGGACCUGCUGGGGGGACGGACCCGGGAACUCCAGAAACAGAUUGAAGCAGACAUCUCAAAGCGAUACCACGGCAGGCCUGUCAACCUCAUGGGAGUCAAUAUUUAAAGAUAUAAGAGCUCCAGAAAAAGUAUUUUGUUAUGAUCUACAAGGAGAAAUAAAAGUGGUAUUUAAUUUAAAGUCUUGUGCGUUCUGUCAAGAUCAAUAUUUUUUGGAUUAAUGCUGGGUAAGAAAUCAUUUUUAAACAUUUCAAACAGGCCUGAUUUGACUGAUUAAUGAAUUAUAUGUUAAUUAAACCUGAUUUAAUGAUUUAAUGUUUAAUAUUUUAAGCUACAGUAACUUGUAACACUUAUAAGAUCCUGAUAGUGUAUAUAAUUGUAUAUAAUUUACAGUUACCUGACAAAAUUCAAAUCUACAGUAUGUGACUCAUGCAUUUGUUUUGUAUGAGUGCGUGUAUAACAUUAUUAAAUGUUUUU